UGCUUUCAGACCAUGACCCAAAUAGAAUUUCCUUCUCAGAGGAGGAUUAGGGUUAGAGCUCGAGCCCAGAUGCCUUACCCAAAAGCUGGCAUAAAUUGUCCUCCAGCAUACCACGUUGCAUUACCCCAAUAUCUUAAUGCCUGUUCAGAUUACAAACGUAAGUCCUUAACAGCUCAACAACAACCUGCUGGCACAAGCCGUGGACUAGUAAAUUUUAACCAAGAGCUAGUUAAUGCUAAUCAUGGAUUAAUAAACUCCAGAAGAAGAACCCUAAGCACCAAUCAAGAAAUAAUAAACCAAGGUCUGGUGAAUGCCAAUCAAGGUCUUAUGAAUGUCAACAGAGAAUUGCCAAACUCAAAUCAAGGACCAAUGAACUCAAACCAUUUUUUAGUCAGCUUCAAUCGUGUACCCAUGAACAAUCACCAGACGACAAUAAACUCUAGACAAGAGCCAUUGUGCUCCAGGUAUGGGAUGGUUGAUCCUAGCCUCAUGUUGCAAAAUUCGAGCCAUGAGCUUUUGAAUGCCAAUCAGAUAUCAGUGAACUUUAAUUCUGGAGCAGUGAAUUACAGUGCUGGUCCUAUACAUUCUAAUCAUGGAUUUGUAAAUUCUAAUGACGGAUUAGUAAACUACAACCGAGACCUAGAAGAAAGCAGCCAAGAACUUAUUAAUUUUGAUGCUAAUGUGAUUCUGCCAAAUUAUGGACCUUCUUCUUACUGUGAAACCACUUCCGAUGAGUCUAGUGCUGAAUCAGGGAGUCCAAACUCAAUGUUGCUUGACUCGGAUAUCAGCCCACAAUGGGCCCCUGUACAACAUGACUGUAAUAUUUAUAAAUCUAGCCCUGCAUUAGCAAGGUCUAACUCUAGGCGGUCAAAUUCAAGAUCUGGGCUAACAAGGUCAGAUUCAAGAUGCAGAGACUCAAGACCUGAGCUAGCAAGAUCAGAAUCCAGGCCUGGUGACUACAGGCCAGCAUUAAGUAGGGCUAACUCGAGACCAGAAGAACACCAAGCUGUGAUACACAGGUCAGAAUCUAGGCCUUCAGAAAGUAGGCCUGUAUUUCUCAGAUCAAGUUCUGGGCAUAAUGAAUACACAUCUGGAUUUGUGAGGUCAAAUUCUAGACCUGGUGAGCCUAAACCUGAAUUAGUAAGGUCUGACUCUAAGUAUGAAUUUUCUGCAUGUGAUGUUAGACCAGCUGACUUUAGACCUGCACUAUCUAGGUCUGCCUCUAGGUAUGAUGAGAUCAGGCCCUUCCCCAGUCAAAACAGACUGUAGAAAUGUAGCUUGUAGGCCAGGAUAUGUAAGAUCCAAUUCCAGACCUGAAGAUAGUAGGCCUGAACUACUUAGGUCUCAAUCAAGGUCCACGUCCACUGACUCCAAGCCAAGUUCAGCUAGCCCUCACCAUAGAAUCAGCCAUGCAAAGCCUAAUUUAGGUGGCAGAAACCUGUCCCGUUCAGCUUCACUUAGAGGAAGCAGGAGCCCUCCACCCUGCGCUUGCCCACAGUGUCUUCUAGUGCAGAGUGUGAAAUCUGCAAGCUGGCCAGGGCGACAAAUGGACAGCAGACCAGCCAAAACUCAGCAUCAUGACAGCCAACGAUGUCAAAAGAGUAAAGGUGUCACUAGGGUGCCUCCAGUGCCUCUCAGUAACAUAGAAGGCUCAGGAAUGAUCCCACCAGCCCUAGCAGGUAUUAGUGGACUUCUAAUGAGUGCAGCAGGGCUUCCCGUUUGUCUUUCUAUUCCUGCUACCCCAAUAUUUCAACCACCACCAGUAAAGAAAAGGGACAUCCGACCAGUACCUGGAAUCCAAGGGAGCAGUCGGAAGAUAAGCAACAAAAAGAGUAAAAAGCCAGAGGAGAUGAUCAAACAAUUCCUGCAAAAAGUGAAGACUCCCUUGUCAGAGGAUUGCGCUAUGUGCAAUCAGCCAAUGACAGAUGGAGAAGUGGGCAGAUUAUACCGCUGCAGUCAUGCCUAUCACGUUCGCUGCCUGGCACCUCUAUACAAGGAUGGCACUUUGCGCUGCCCGAUAUGUCAGACAUUGCACGGUGUGAAGAUUGGGUCUCAGCCUGCUGGGAAGAUGUCUUUCCAUAUCAUUCCUCAUUCCUUGCCUGGGUAUUCUGAGUUUGAGACCAUACGUAUCAUCUACCAUAUUCCUCCUGGAGUACAGGGUCCAGGUCAGCCCCAUCCAGGGAUGAAGUUUACUGCUCCAGACUUCCCUCUUCACUGUUACCUCCCUAAUACAAAGAAAGGAAGAGAGAUACUGCUCCUCCUUAUAAAGGCCUGGGAGCGACGCCUUCUCUUCCCCAUCUUCCCAUCCCGUGUCCCUGGUGUCCUGGAUUCUGUCUCAAUCACCCGGAUCCCACUCAAGACUGAGUUUGGCUCAAAUAUCACUGGCAAGGGCUUUCCUGACUCCCGGUAUCUGGACAGUGUUUUGCGGCAGCUACGGGACUGGGAGGUGUCAAGUGACUGA